AUGUCCAUGCUCGACGUCGACACGUCCUCGACAAACCGCCUCACAACCUCUACUAUACGUGGGGGCGAGCCGGCCUCGCCACGGGGAAUGUGUGUACCUUCCUUUCCCCGCACGCCAGACUACAGUAACGCGACCUCGACCAGCGCAGGCAGCUCUCAGCGCCGCUGUUACUGUGGUAACCCCAUCCGCACACGCACAGGCAUGUACUAUUGCAGCCCAGACUGCGCACGCGGUGACGCGUUCUCGUCUCUCACCCAUACGCGCUCUGCAUCGUCGGUCUCCACUCUCGGAGACGCGUUCGACGACCGCACCUCUCGCACUUCGUCAGCUGCGUACGGUGACGAUGAUGGGUCGUUCUACCGCCGCAUGAAGCGCGACGAACGUCGAGAGCAAGAGCGCAGGCAACGCGCUGUCCGGUACAGCUUGUCGCCAGAAUCUAUUCGAUCACCCUCUGCUGUGCCCGAGCUGGUCUCGUCACACUCUCGUAACACCUCCACUGCAUCUUCCACCUUGUCCUUCGGCUCAUCAUGUAGCCUCAGUCGCCAUCCUUCCUCGGCGAGCCACACGCCUUUCACCGCCUCGGUUGUCAUUGACGAUGCCAUCAUGGAGGAUGACGAACUCGCCGAGGCGGUCCCCAGCGCCGUGUCAACUCUCCGUGGUGAGGCUCGCCGCCGGCUCACCGAAGAGUCGAAGAGACAGACUCCUCUCGUCGUUGCUGGUGGCAAGGUGUUUGGAACAAAUAUGGCUGUUGAUGACAUGCUCGACGAGAUCAUCAACAUGGAGGAAUCCUUCCGGGUUCCCGAUGAUCCAAUCGAGGAAGUCUCGCGAUACCGCCGCGCCCAAUACACGCCAGACCGCGAGCACUUUGUGCCUACGGCAUACCGUCCACCGCGGACGCCAUCACCGACGCUUCGUCGGCGCAAGAGCGUCAUACCUCCUGCUCCCAACGCACCCGACCGCCGCAACUCGCUGAGCCAGCACCGCCCACCCAGCAUGUAUGCGCACACCUCUUCUCUCUCCGAGUCCCAUACUGCGUUGUACCUCGCGACCGCAUCCCCAGUGGCUCCCUCCCACAAGCCGCGUCACCGUCGAUCGGCCUCGCCCAAGCUCAGCGUCCGCCGUAGCAUCACCUUCUCGCCUCAGACAGCUGGUCCGGCCCUCCCGCGUGCUCCGCGGAGCCGUAUAGACUCGCCUGGCCUCACUCCUGUCCGUCGCAAACACCUCACGCCCACCGCCCACCAUCCUCCGAUGGAGGGCUGGCGCUUCCCCACCGCAUCCUCCAACGACACUCCUACGAACACACGCUACACUGCUCCCAUCCAUGAGGUGCCUGACUUGUAUGUACCGAGCUCCACUGCCCAGGAGGGCGCCGACGCAGCUCCCCAACUCUUGUGGCCCCAGGCGACUCGCAACGGGGACAUGACUACCGCUCAACGCCUGGAACGCACUGUCGGCCAUUACUCGCCCGACGAUGAACUGUUCCAGCCCCCAUCCUCGUCACUCCGUCUCGGCAUGCUCAUGAACUCGGAUUCCGACGACAUGGACUCGGACGACGCCUCGACCGUGCGCGGUUCCAUCCGCGGAUCGAUCCGCGACUCGUUCCUCGCUCCCAUUCCGCCGUUCACGCAGCGGGGCUGGUAA